AUGUUCUUGAAGACACUCCUUCCCCUCCUGACUUUGAUUUUCCAGCCUGCAUUUGGAGCCUGGGCUGUCACACAAUAUGUCAUUGUUCGCAACAUCACCACGGGUCUGAUACCAGACUAUGUGGAAUCUAGCACCGUCUUCCCUACGGCGUCUGUCUCUCCGAUAUCCACUUCGACAACCGUGGCGCAUGAAUAUCUUUACCCUACGCAAAAUGGCAACGGAGUUGCUACGAUCAGUGUCACCACCAGUUACCUUAUGCUCCCCACGGAACCAGCUGAUCUCCCUGUCGUGACCGAAUCACCAACCCCCACCGAAACCCAUUCCAUUAAGACAAACUAUUACAUCCCCGUGACCGUGUCCAAUCCGGAAUCCUGCACCAUGACCGAUUUCACCUAUACAGAUACUAUCGGGAUCAGCCUAAGCAGUGCGCUAGCUUCAGGUGCAACAGAUACCAGACUGGCUCUGUUCGUCACGACCUAUGAGUCUACCAUCAGCACUAACCUCGGCGGACAGCCCGUCACGACCGCAGUGUGUGAUGUGUAUUUCAAAUCCAAUGCAUUUCCCGUUGAUGAUUUUCGCGUUGAGGAUGACCAUUUGCUCUCUGAGUGUGUUGACCCUCGACGACAUGUCUGCACUGAGCUGGGCCAAAAUUCAGCUGCCACAGGAUCUGGUGGGUGUGAUGGGCCAUACCCUCCCACGGCUGGUAGCAAUCAGGCAACCCCAACGGAUUAUGACUCUGCCGCCCAACCGACGGAGACAGGGGGAGCAGGAAGCUGGAGGCGCCAAAGUGAAUGGUGGGAAUUGAUAGUUCUUCCUAGUUUCACGGCAGUGUUGCUUCUGACAAACUGA